AACAACAAUGGCUGCGGAACAGGAUGAUGACCUUCUCGACAACUGGGAGGAUAUCGAUGAAAAUUCGGCUGUGUUAGAAGAACGUUUAGAAAGAUUGGCUAUAAAAAAUUCCCAAAUAGAAUCAACAAUGCAUUCGACUCAUGUUGUCACCUGUGAGGACAGCUCGCGGACCCCGUUUACGCCACAAGAACCCAAGAUCAUGAUAUUAAGAAGACCACAGGAGAAGACUGACACAUCUCCUAAUGGGAUGAUUACCAUUAAACAGAAGCAACCUGUAAAAACACUUGAGCAGAGACAACAAGAAUAUGCUGAGGCAAGAUUGAGAAUUCUUGGUGAUGCAGGAAGCACUGAAGAAAAUAAACCAAAGCCCAUACAACAAAAGUCCUUAGAACAGCGAGAAGCAGAUUACGCUGCUGCUCGGUUGCGAAUCAUGGGAUCCACUUCUAAGUCUGUAGAAGAACCAAUGUUAACAGGAAAUUCUCCUGGAAAUAAUAUGGUAAAUAUCCAGAGGGAACCCCAGAGUAAUGUUGGGGUUGUCAGGUCUCCGAAAGGCCCGGACGGUACUUGUGGUUUUAGCAGAGGAGGCGGUCAUCACAGGUAGCAGAAGCUUAAGUUAGCAAUCAGUUUAGAGUUUUCUUGCAGUUGGCAAAGUUUUGGGCCAAAGUGGAUCUUAACUCCAUUGGUUACGACGAGAGUUGCUUGUCACGCCGGCUACAGUAAAAAGAAAAGAGUGAUCAUAUUUCUAGGAUUAUCUCACUUGUACAAUAACCUGAUGGCUUUAUUUUUUCAU